AUGAGGUCAUUCAGCAUCGUCGUCGCGGCAGACCGCGCCAUGGGCAUCGGCAAGAACGGAGGCCUUCCCUGGCGUCUCCGCAAGGACAUGGCCUUCUUUGCAAGGAUCACCUCCAAGGUCGUCCAAGGUGCUCAGGAUGCAACAACAACUGACGAGUCAACUCAUCAGAGAAGAGUGAACGCCUGUAUUAUGGGCAGAAAGACCUGGGAGUCGAUUCCCAAAAAGUUCCGACCCCUCACCGACCGGUUCAACGUCAUUGUCUCCCGCGACCCACACUAUCUCGACGACAAGCCAGAGAAGGGCAACCCAUUGGUAGCACUGGCCACCUCCUUUGAAGCCGCAUUGGAUCUCGUCGAAUCCCUCCAUUCUUCCUCUUCGUCUCCCUCCACUUCUUCGGUCCAAGUCGCGCGCACUUUUCUGAUCGGCGGCGCGCAACUGUACAAUGAUGGCGUGCGCUCCAAGGACUGCACACACAUCUUCCUGACACGGAUUGAUGCCACCGUCGACUGUGACACUUUUUUCCCCGAGAUCAGUCACUCCGAGUACCAGUUGUUGCCCUCAACAGAUUCGCAUGCGUUCCUGGAGAAUUAUCUUCAAGAGUCGGUGGAGGGCGGUGUCAUUGAGGAGGGUAGCUACCAAUACGAGUACACUGUUUACAACCGUAUCUGA